AUGUCCGCAUUCAAAACACCCUCUCGUCGCCGGGUCCGCUCUGAAGUGAAGACCCCGCUGACACCCUCUCUCGCCUCUGCAUUAAACGGAGUCACACUCGACAGCCCCGUCAAACGCUCCAGUUCUUCGAUUCCAGUGACAGAUGCUUUCCAACGACAAGCCAGCAGCGGGGUAAUCCGCAAGGGUGGCGUCGAGAGCAGAAUCGAUGUAGUCGUUCUCGACUAUGUGCCGCCUCCCAUCUCGAAGCCUGCUGAAGUUAAACGGUCACGCUCCACUCCUGCCAUUAAAAACGUGGCUGACCGCGACCGCUUUAUCACAUCCCGUGAACACAACCUCGAAACACUUGACCCUAUGGCACUCAAUACCAAAUCUGCUUCGCCUGGUCACACAGCGCGACUUGUGGAAGCGACUGGUGUACCUCUCAACCGUCGCAUUCUUGGAUACCAUCUCCCUCCUCCAACCGCCUCAUCAGACACAACUCUUGCCCUCCAACGCGAGUUUGCUCGUCCGCUAUAUGCCAACCGACCGGGGUCGCUUGCCACCUCUACUGGCUCAACCACGAAUAAGACGCGGAAAAUUUCGACACAGCCUGAACGAGUCCUCGAUGCUCCAGGUCUUGUCGACGACUUUUACCUCAACUUAGUCAGCUGGUCGUCUCUCAAUUGCGUUGCGGUUUCUCUCGACACCAGCACGUAUAUCUGGAAGGCAGACACCGGGGCUGUUGUGCAAAUGGGCGAAGCACCGAGUGGCACUUAUGUCAGCAGUGUUAACUUCUCAGCGGACGGCGCCUUUCUCGGUAUAGGACUUGGAACCGGAGAAGUCGAGCUGUGGGAUGUUGAGAGGGGCGUUAAGCUGCGGACUAUGGCUGGCCAUCAGGCCCAAAUCGCCGUUCUUUCUUGGUACAGCCAUUUACUGAGCUCUGGAUGUGGAGAUGGGAGCGUUUGGCACCACGAUGUCCGUGUCCCGAGGCAUAAAGUCAUGGAGUUGUUGGGCCAUAAUGGCGAAGUCUGUGGUCUGCAAUGGAGGAAAGAUGGUGAACUAAUUGCCAGUGGCGGAAACGACAAUGUGGUCAACAUUUGGGAUGGGAGAGUGGGCGAUACGCCGGUUGGAGGAGACACUGUUGCCACAGGCAAUGCCAAAUGGACCAAGAGAAACCAUACUGCGGCCGUCAAGGCGCUCGCGUGGUCCCCGUGGCAGCCCAACCUUUUGGCUUCAGGCGGAGGUACCAACGAUGCGACUAUCAACGUUUGGAAUAGCACGACGGGUGCACGUCUUCACACAGUCACGACACCGUCUCAAAUCACGAGUCUCCACUUUUCACCACAUAAAAAGGAACUUUUGAGCACCCACGGCUAUCCUACUAAUGCCAUCGGAGUCUGGUCCUACCCUAGUCUUGAAAAGGUUGCCGAAAUUCGAGAUGCCCAUGACUCGCGCGUUCUCUACAGCGCUAUAUCGCCUGGAGGGGACAUGGUUGUUACUGGGGCAGGAGACGAAAGCCUCAAAUUUUGGCGUAUUUGGGAUACUACUUCAGAGACCAAGAAGACCAAGACCGCUCGUUUAGAAGGAGCAACUCGCAGCGGCGUCCUUUCCCUUAGAUAG